AUGGACGGCGACAUCAAUCCAUUUACAAAAAAACCGCUCUCAGCAACUUACAAGAAAAUCCUAGAGGCGCGCAAGAAACUCCCAGUUUAUGGCUAUAUGGAGGAGUUCUACAGAAUAUUCAACGAGACACAGAUUACUGUCAUGGUGGGAGAGACGGGUAGCGGCAAGACGACCCAGAUUCCACAGUUCGUAGCAUACUCCGAUCUUCCUCACCUAAAGGGGAAAAUGAUUGCCUGUACCCAGCCACGCCGUGUUGCUGCAAUGUCCGUAGCCAAACGCGUAGCUGAUGAGAUGGAUGUCGAAUUGGGCAAAGAAGUUGGUUAUUCUAUUCGUUUCGAGGACAUGACAGAGCCUGGGACAACCUUUCUCAAGUACAUGACCGACGGAAUGUUGCUUCGAGAAGCAAUGAACGACCCAUCUCUCGCUCGAUACUCUACAAUCAUUCUUGAUGAAGCUCACGAACGCACGCUGGCCACUGAUAUUCUCAUGGGACUGCUAAAGGAUAUUUGCAAGAACCGCCCGGACCUCAAGGUCAUCGUGAUGUCGGCCACUCUCGACGCACAAAAGUUUCAGCGAUAUUUCGGAACGGAAAAGAAACUUGCUCCUCUGUUAAAGGUCCCUGGACGUACACACCCAGUCGAAGUCUUUUACACUCAAGAACCGGAACCAGACUAUGUCGAAGCCGCAAUCCGUACAGUCCUGUACAUUCACCAAGCCGAAGAUCCGGGUGAUAUCUUGGUCUUCCUCACUGGAGAAGAGGAGAUUGAAGAUGCUUGCCGCAAAAUCAAGAUUGAGGCAGAUGAGUUAGCGAGUCAGGAUCCACACGUGGGUCCCCUGAUGUGUGUGCCGCUCUACUCCUCCUUGCCGCCUCAGCAACAACAGCGCAUCUUCGACCCACCUCCAAAACCGCGAAGGCCAGACGGACCACCGGGACGCAAAGUGGUUGUCAGUACCAACAUUGCGGAAACCUCGUUGACAAUCGAUGGCAUUGUAUAUGUGGUGGACCCAGGAUUCUCAAAGCAAAAGGUCUACAACCCUCGCAUCAGAGUGGAGUCGUUGCUUGUCUCUCCCAUCUCAAAAGCAUCUGCCGCCCAGAGGGCUGGUCGAGCUGGACGUACGCGGCCAGGGAAAUGCUUCCGAUUAUAUACGGAGAAAGAUUACAUCAAGGAACUUGAAGAGCAGACCUACCCCGAGAUCCUUCGAAGCAACCUUGCCAAUACGGUACUGGAAUUGGUGAAGCUUGGAAUUCACGAUCUUGUUCGGUUCGAUUACUGUGACCCGCCUGCGCCAGAAACCAUUAUGCGCGCUCUCGAGCUCCUCAACUACCUGGCGGCACUCGAUGAUGACGGAAACUUGACUGCACUGGGUUCCAUGAUGGCUGAAUUCCCACUGGAUCCCCAGAUGUCCAAACUUCUCAUUACAAGUCCGGAGUUUGAAUGCAGUAAUGAGAUCCUGACCAUCGUCUCCAUGCUUUCUGUUCCAAAUGUCUUCUUGCGUCCACCUAAUCAACGGAAGGAAGCCGAUGCUGCAAAGGCCCUGCUAUCAAUACCCGAGGGCGAUCACCUCACGCUUAUGAACAUCUACAACAGCUACAAACAAAAUGAGCAUGACAAGAAUUGGGCGUGGAACAACUAUCUUUCAGCGCGUGCGCUGAUGCAAGCAGACAACGUCAGGAAUCAAAUACAACGGAUCAUGGAGAGGUUGGAUAUAGACUUGACGUCCCGUACUGUAACGGGUCCACGAUUUUACGACAACAUUCGCAAGACAUUGGUAUGCGGCUUCUUCAUGCAGGUUGCACAUAAAGAGGGAGAAAGGAACGCCUAUAAAACUGUCAAAGACAAUCAGGCCGUAUCAUUGCAUCCUUCAUGUGGCUUGGACACAAAUCCCGAAUGGGUGCUGUUCAAUGAGUUUGUGCUGACGAGCAAAUCAUUUAUUCGAACUGUCACGGCGAUCAAACCGGAAUGGUUACUUGAGCUAGCUGGAAAUUAUUAUGAUCUGAAGCAGUUCCCUGCAGGCGAGACCAAGUCUGCCCUUCAAAGAGUCCUGAACAAGCAGCUGGGAAGGCAAAUACAAGGCAAUGGGGAAUCCGGUGCUCCAGAUGCGCGGAAAAAGAAGAAACAGAAGACGGACCAUCAAGCUCAGGGAGGUUAUUCGACACCUCCCGCUGUACAGGGCUACGCUACUCCCCCUGCUGGAACAGCACGAUAUAGCCAGCAUCGUCCACAAGCGAGCUAG